CCUGUCCCCUGCGCGUCCCACGACUGCGGGGUCAUCUCACAAGCUCCGAGCAUGGACGACAUUUACAAAGCAGCGGUAGAGCAGCUCACAGAAGAACAGAAAAAUGAGUUCCGGGCUGCUUUUGACAUCUUCGUGCAGGAUGCAGAGGACGGGUGUAUCAGCACUAAGGAGCUGGGGAAGGUGAUGAGGAUGCUGGGACAGAACCCUACUCCUGAGGAGCUGCAGGAGAUGAUCGACGAGGUGGAUGAAGAUGGCAGUGGCACGGUGGACUUUGAUGAGUUCUUAGUCAUGAUGGUGAGGUGUAUGAAGGACGACAGCAAAGGGAAAUCUGAAGAGGAACUGGCAGAGCUCUUCAGGAUGUUUGAUAAGAAUGCAGACGGCUACAUUGACCUGGAGGAGCUGAAGAUCAUGCUGGAAGCCACUGGAGAAGCCAUCACUGAGGAUGAUAUAGAGGAGUUAAUGAAGGACGGAGACAAAAACAACGAUGGAAAGAUUGAUUAUGACGAGUUCUUGGAGUUCAUGAAGGGAGUUGAAUAAGCAACUGGAGAACAUUGAAAUCCUACCAUCCUCCGCCAACUCCCCCCCACCCCAUCACCUUGCUCCACCACCAAAGUCCCUCAGUUCCUGGUGUUAUUUAAUACAUCGCCUUUAUUAGGCUGAGUUGGCAUACAGACUACAAAAGAGGACAUUACUGCUGCAACAAAAUUACAACCCCACUGUUUUUGAAAUGGCCUAAGAUUGAUCAUUAUUUCCCUUUUUUAUUUUAUAGUCAAUGUUUUAUUAUUCUACUGUACAUACAGGAU